AUGUCCGAACAACGCAAAGCAAUUGUUAUUGGCGGCGGCCCGGCCGGGUUUGCAACGGCGCUGCGCCUACACAAGCACAAUAAUAUCACAUGUGUGAUCUACGAGUUGCGCGACCAGCCUAGCACCCUCGGUGGUGCAGUGGGUAUCAUGCCUAAUGGGCUACGGUUAUUUCACCGAUUGGGUGUUUAUGAUGAGCUCUGUGCGAGAGGAUACGGUGGCGGAAUGCUAACGCUUCAUUCUGCUGCUGGGGGUGUGGUUGGGGCGGAGGAUUUGGUCGGGUGGGCGAGAAGUGAGACCGGGUUCGGGUAUUUGAGGAUUAAGCGAGUUGAUCUGGUGGAUGUGUUGCUUGAGGCUGUUCGGAGGGAGGGGAUAGAGGUGAGGUUUGGAGUGAAGGUUACGGGGGUUGAGGAUGGGGUUGUCCAUACUGACAGUGGGGAUGAGAGGGCUGAUUUGGUGCUGGGGUGUGAUGGGAUUCAUUCGUUUGUGAGGAAGACGGUGGUUGAUCCUGGUUUUGUGAGUGAGUACUCUGGCAUUGCUGGGUCUUUUUCGAUUGUUCCUGCUUCGAGAUUGCCGGCACAGUCGGUGAACUUGAUGCAUGGGUUGCAUGCUAUGACGACCGAGGAGGGGAUGUUCAUGGUUAACCCCUGUACGGCCAACAAAGACGAAGUGAUGUGGGGGUUUUCGCGUGAAGUGGAAUUGCCUGGGUCUGGAAGAGAUGGGUGGGAGGAGACUCGCAAGGCUGAGGUGGAGGGAUUCAGAGACUAUCUGCUGGGAGUGCUGCAGACUGCGACUGGUGAAUGGGGCUCAGUCGUCAGAGACCUUGUUCAAAACACUUCUGUCAUCAAGUUUUAUCCUGUCUACCGUCUCCCGCUUGGGGGGCGUUGGUACAAGGAUCGAUGUCUUUUGCUGGGCGAUGCCGCGCAUGCUAUGUCGCCGCACGCCGGACAGGGUGUGUCCAUGGCCCUUGAAGAUACAUUCUUGCUUUCGCGGCUUCUCGAGGAUCCAACGCGACCCCUGCCGGAAGUCUUCGCAAAGUUCGACGAGAUUCGUCGCCCAAGGGUGAAUGAGAUCUACCUGCAGGCAGCCAAGAAUGCUAGCGCAAGGAAAAAGACUGGACCAUGGGGGCUGUGGAUGAGGGAGACUGCGCUCGGCAUGUACAUGAGAGUGAGUUGUGCUUUGGGACUGGACAAAUGGGGACUUGGACAGAAGCAUUUGGUCUAUGAUAUUGAUGAGGCACGGUUUUGA